AUGCGGUUGGUGGAAGGCUGUUACUGCUCUGCCGCUGCCGCUGCCGCCGCAGCCGUCCAGGCGGCCCCCAGUGCCAGCCAAACUAACCCCCAAGCAACCAACCAAGCGUGCGCAGCAGCGGGGUCAGGAAAGGGGCUCACGGGGGCGCGCAGCAACGAGGCGAUGUCGGCCGUUGCCGCAUUUCGAGGGCCGCGGUCCGCUGCGAUGUCCUCUUCCCUUCCUUCGGCCACCGGCCUAGCCUGGCAACGGCUCUUGAACUGGACAUAUGCUCAAGAGCUGACGGGCGCGACAAGGAGACUGGCGAUUGGUUGGACCUUUCAGCGGCCCUCUCUCGGGCUGAUGGAACCAGCGAGCCAGGGGUUGCAGAAGCCAGGACUGUCUGAUCGGACCAGCCCCGAGGUCGAUGUGGGUCCACAGGCGUUUCCGGACGCAACUAAACCUAUUACACCUCGCCCGGCACCUUCUUCCAACGGCCGUUCGCGGCCAUCGCUGCCCCCCGCUGCCGAUGUUGUCAUUAUUGGCGGUGGCAUCUCGGGUGUAAGCACAGCCUAUCACCUACGAAAAAGCCGGCCGGACCUUCAGGUGGUAUUGCUGGAGGCGCGCCAGAUCAGCCACGGUGCGACCGGCCGCAACGGCGGUCUCCUAUGGCCUGCGCUUAACGCGCCCUGGGUGAAAACCGCCGGACGGUACGGCACCACCGAGACGAGCCGCAUGAUGGCUUUUGAACUUCAAUGCCUCUCUGAGGUGACCCAGUUCAUAAAGGAGCACGGUCUGGAGGAGGAGGUGCGCUACGGGCCCUUUACAGAUGGCGGCUAUUAUGUGUACGAGAGCAAGGAGGAGAUGGAGGCUGAGCUUGCAGAGCUAUCCAUCAUGCAAAAGUUUGGCAUCCAUACGGAGGUGAAGCCGCUCUCGCAGAGGGAGACUUCAUCACUGCUCGGUACGGACUCGUACACCGGUGCCGUACUGCAGCCCGGUGUAGCUCGCGUAUGGGCUGCACGACUGGUACACGCGCUGGCCCGUAUGGCUCUAGAAGCGGGUCCGGCGGAGGGACUUGUGGUUUCGGAGAACACGCGUGUGGCGGCGGUGACGUCACUGCCGUGCAGUACGACAUUGUCACCCGGCGUGGAUCUAGGAGUAGGUCGGAAGCUGGGCGAUGAGGAGGGAGCUACGGACUUUAAUAAGACGGCUGCCAACAAUAUCUUGUCCAUGGCAAGAGCGACGGCACAUGCAGUUACGACAGAAGCUGGUGAAUCCAUCCUAGCUCGCCGAGUGGUCCACUGUACGAAUGCGUACGGCUCCUCCCUGCUACCCGAGCUAAGGGGAGCACUCGUACCUGUACGGAACCACGUGGCCGCCACUAAGGCACCCACCGCCAGCAACGGUAACGGCAAGGGCGGCUCUUUCCCCCUGGACGCGGCCUUCUUUGCGCGGGGUGGUUAUGUGUACUGGUCGUGUCGCGAGGACGGGCGCGUGGUGGUUGGCGGAUUCCGUGAUGUCGUACCCGACCUCGAGUGGGGAGUGUACGAUGACGCAUUGCUCAACGAGCGUGUGCAGGAGCACCUGCUAUCGUACUUGCCGGAACGAUUUCCGGCAGUGUACGGCAAUGGACUGGACGUCGACGCGGAGUGGAGCGGUAUUUUGGGUUUUACUCGGGACCGUUUUCCCUUCGUGGGCCCUGUGCCGGGUUCUCCAGGACAGUUCGUGGCGGCUGGUUUCAGUGGCCACGGCAUGACUCGUACCUUCACCUGCGGCCGCGUCCUGGCCGACAUGGUUUCGGGGCUGCCGUACGACCCCAACUUCCCAGCCACGUGGGUGCCGGCGGCUGGCCGCUUUGGUCCCGCGCUGCCCACCGUACCAGGGCCUGAGGCAGCGGCGGGUGCCGUACAUCUGUAA